UUGAGAUAUCCACAUAUAGCACAGAGGACGUUUAAUUUAUAAAUUCAAGAUAUCUAGUUCCAUUUCAGUGUGUAAUAGGAAGUGGAUUAAGACAAUCGUCUCUUGAUAUUUUUUUUUAUAUUAGUUUUUAUAUUACUGUGAUAAAUAAUGUUUAGUUAUAGAGGAGUAUUUUUUAUUACUUUUGUUCUUUUGUUUUGUAAAAGUUCAUCGAAGCUAGCGCCGGACUACAUAAAACCUUGCCCAGGACUGAAGUCAGAAUGUCUCAAGAAAAAUAUUCAAGAAACGAUCCCGUACUUCGUGAAAGGCAUUCCAAGUCUAGGCAUCAACUCUACAGACCCUCUGUUUGGAGAGCCAGUAGAGCUAGACCUGCCUGGAGGGCUCAAGAUUAAAUUCUCCGACGGUGUCAUAAAGGGUUUUAGGAAAUGUAUUGUAGAACAUGUUAAGUACGAAGGCUUGGAAGCACAACUCAAUCUACGUUGCGGUUUAUCUUUGAAAGGAAAAUACAAAGCGUCUGGCAGAGUUUUGAUCUUCGCCAUCAAUGGCGAUGGAGAUGCUAGGAUAAAGUCUCCGAAUGUUUCAUUCUCCUGCAAAAUUAAAUUCGAGGAUAGGACACGUGAGGGAGUGAUAUACCGAGAGAUUAAAGACUACAAAACUACAUACAGUUAUGACGACAAAGUAUCAUUUCAAUUUACUAAUCUAUUCAAAGGAAGCCCUGAAUUAAGUGCAACAGUUUUGACUUUCAUCAACGAAAAUUGGAAACAAGUUCUGGACGAAUUCGGAAAACCAAUUACAGAUAAGAUCGUGGAAAUCGUGUUCGAUAUCAUAAAGAAAUUCUUCCAAGUAAUACCCAGAGACGAGCUUUAUGUUUCUUGAUUUAGAUUUAAUAGUUUCAACACGACAUCGUACUGGAACGCUAAAUCGCUUGGCGGUACAUCUUUGUCGGUAGGGUGGUAACUAGCCACGGCCGAAGCCUCCCACCAGCCAGACCAGGACCAAUUAAGAAAAUCUCAAUCG